ACUGCACCGCCUCUCUUCUCUUCUCUCCCCAUUGGCCUGUGCUCUGCUCUUGUGGCUCCCUCCAUGUCCCUCAUCACGGACGAUCCCAACCACUCCCCACGGCACUGCGCCGCCAAGCACCACCACCGCGCCGGGUGCGGCCGGUUCAGCGGCACUGCCUGGCGCCGGCUGCUGAUGGCGGCGUCGUCCCUGGUUGCACUGGUCAUCAUACUCUGGCUCACCCUCCGCCCUUCCGCCCCGCACUUCUCCCUGCUCGCCGCCACCGCCACCGCCUCCAACGGCACCCUGGCGCACCUCGACGCCGCCCUCGUCGCGCACAACCCAAACGCGCGCGCAGCCGCACUGUACGACCACCUCGUGAUCCAGGCCUUCUACGGGGCCGGCGUCCAGCUCGCCGCAGCCGCCCAGCCGUUCGAGCAGACGCAGGGCGACGUCGUGCUCUCUGCCUCGCUGACCUCAUCAGCGGCGCCGGCGGUGGUGUCAGCCGUUGAGGCGGAGACGGAGAGCGGGCGGCCGACGGCGUUGCUAAGGCUGCGCGUGGAGGGUCAGCUCCGGUGGAAGGUGGCUUCGUGGGUGUCCGGCAGGCGCGCCCUCGCCGCCCAGUGCGUCGCCGUCGUGGUGCUCCAGCCGGCGCAGCAGCUCAGCAGGGCCGUCGUCGUGCAGGGAUCCCAGUGCGCCACCACUCUCCAGUGAAUAUAAUUCGUUCUGCAUGUAACAUGCUAAUGUGCACCAAUUUACUACUUCUACUGUACUAUGUUUUCUCGUUUACAUACUAUAAUCUAGGUAAUUAGCAUCAAGAGAUAGCACUAAAACUAAACUGCUAUCACAUCACAGUGGUUGCGAAGGCUGGUUUCUUUCGUGGAAAGGCUGAUCCUAGAUUCCUAGUGCACCAGCUGCACUCUCUUAGCA